AUGAAUCUGUUGCUGCAGGACCCAUUCAGUGUGCUGAAGGAGUACCCUGAGAAACUGACGCACACGAUCCAGCUACCCUUCAAGUCCACGUGUCUCAGCUUCAGCAGGCGCGGCGAGUACCUUGCGAUGGGCGGGAUCAACGGGAUGGUGAUGGUGUACGACAUGGACACGUACCGACCCAUUGCCGUGCUUGGGUCCGAGGCUGGUGCACAUGUGCGGACCGUGCAGUGUCUUGCGUGGCAUGUCUCCAGGGGCGGUCGGUUCCUGCUCAGCGCGGGGAGGGACUGGACGGUGAAAGUGUGGGACAUUGCUUGUCCUGGGAGGCCGCACGGUGAGUACAAGUUCAGUGCUCCCGUAUGGGGCGGGCACUGGGUGGAGAGUGGUCCGACGAAGUUGCAAUGCGUCGCGACGGUUUUGGAGGAGCGGUUUGCGCUGUUUAUGGACUUCACCGCAGGGGACCACCCACCAGCAGUUGUGCCCGUGAUGGAUGCACGCGAGGGUAUCGAUGAGGGUGAUGCGGAGGGCGACCACGGGUACGUGUUGACGAGUGCUGUGCACCCGAAAUUCAAGGACGUUGUGGUGACGGGCAGUUCGAAGGGGUGGCUGAAGUUCUACCGGAUCCUGGACGGCACUCCUGCGUCCUUCCAGUUGGUGUACAGCGAGCGAAUUGCGAGCUCCAACAUCAAACACGUUGUGAUUUGCGAGAACGGCGACCGUAUGGCGAUCAACUGCUCGGACAGAACGAUCAGACAGUACUCGCUGCAUUUGGAGGCAGAGUCCUCCACGACGAUACGAGUCGAAAUGGAACUCGAGCACAGGUACCAAGACGUGAUCAACAAGCUGCAGUGGAACUGCAUCAUCUUCAGCAACAAGUCCGGGGACUACCUCGUUGCGUCGCCGCACGGGUCGUCCACGCAUGAACUGUACCUGUGGGAGACCCACUCUGGGUCCCUAGUGCGCGUGCUCGAGGGAGCCGAGGAGGAGCUCAUGGACAUUGACUGGAACUUCUACACGAUGUCAAUUGCGAGCAUCGGGUUCGAGAGCGGCGACAUCUACGUGUGGUCGCUCAUCGUGCCGCCCAAAUGGAGCGCUUUGGCCCCGGACUUCGAGGAGGUCGAGGAGAACAUCGAAUACCUCGAGAAAGAGGACGAGUUCGACCAGGUGGACGAGCAGGCGAACACGGACGACCGUCUCCAGGAGGAGACCGACGUGCCCAUCGACUUAACCGCCGGCGAACGCUACGACGUCAGGGGGAACGACCUCCUCUACAGACAGUUCCCGUUCCCAGUGGACUACCAGCGGAUCCUCAUGGUCAACCAGAACAGCAGAAUCCACUGA